UUUUAGCGCGGAGUUUGUUGUUGGCGGAAAAGCUUCAGGCUGAAAGUCUGAACAAGUUGUUUUAUUCAGGCGCAGGCUGAGUGAAAUUUAGAUAUUUAAUCUUUAAUCGAUGGAGCAUUAAGUCUUGACUAUAUUGAUUUUAUGAACUGCUCUUUUGAGAAACUGUCGCACCUCACGACCAACUAAAGCGAUGGAUUUGUCCCCUGCUUGUACUGAAGGCAUCAGCACAGAUGGAUGUAUUAUUAAAUCUGACAGAGCUCAGAGGAAAAGCAAAGUCUCAAGGGAUGUGGAGAUGGACAUUGAGUUCCUUUAUAAAGCCGUUCCUCAGCUGGCCAAGGUUUUCCGCAUCAUAGACAAAAUCGGAGAAGGUACGUUCAGCUCGGUGUACCUGGGUGAGGCUCAGAUGCGGGAUGGGAGGAGAGAAAUGUUUGCCCUGAAGCACCUCAUCCCAACCAGCCAUCCUACACGCAUUGCUGCGGAGCUUCAGUGUCUCACUGUUGCUGGAGGCAGUGAGAAUGUGAUGGGGGUGACGUACUGCUUCAGGAAGGAGGACCAUGUGGUGAUUGUCAUGCCCUAUAUGGAGCAUCAAGCUAUUGUGGACAUCAUUGGCUCACUAACCUUUGAAGAGGUCAGACUGUACAUCUACCACCUGCUGAAAGCCCUGAGACACAUCCACCAGUUUGGUAUCAUUCACCGAGACAUCAAACCAAACAAUUUCCUCUACAACAGAAACGGCAAAAUGUAUGCCCUGGUGGACUUCGGCCUGGCUCAGGGUACAGUGGACACCCAGAUCGAGUUGCUGAAGGUGGUGAGGCAGAGGUCAUCACAAAAAGGUGGAGGGUCCACAGGGAAACAAGACACAACACAGCGAAGCAAAGCACCACCCAGACUCCAUCUCAAAACCACCACAAUCACCACAGCUUCAACCUCACUACCCCUGCCUCCGCGGCAAUCCACAGCCCAGCCACCUUCCUCCUCCUCUUCCUCCACUACCACCACCCCUACAUCUUCCACAGCCUCUCGGAAAGCACUGGUUAAAAAACGUUCUGUCACCACCACUGUCACCAGCUCCAUAACUCGUACAAAGCACACAAAGGAUUUGACAGGACUACGCAAAGUCCCGCGGCCUGUGUUUGGGGAGAAGAACCUGAAUAGCUGCACUCCAGCUCCCUCCACCACCAAACAAGCCGCCAUUAAGACACAGCUGGUAAAGCCGGUCAAAACAGAAGACCCAGCCAACCGAAGGUACUCAUCAGCCACCAGGGUAGCCCUGCCUGUCAGGACCCAGAGCGGCAGUCAGAAACCUCAGAGGACUGUACAGCAGGGUCUCACCUGUAACUGCUACCUGACUGACCGCGUCUGCAAUAUCUGCAUGUCAAGGAAGCAGCAGGUGGCACCCAGGGCUGGAACUCCAGGCUUCAGAGCACCAGAGGUCCUCACAAAGUGUCCCAACCAAGGAACAGCCAUAGACAUGUGGUCAGCUGGUGUGAUCCUGCUCUCACUGCUCAGUGGUCGUUACCCAUUCUUCAAGGCCAGCGACGACCUGAUCGCUCUUACUCAGAUCAUGACCAUACGGGGCUCCAGAGAGACCAUCCAGGCUGCCAAAUCAUUUGGUAAGGCAGUGGUGUGCAGUCGGGAGCUGCCUCAACAGGAUCUCAGAACACUGUGUGAGACGCUGAGAGGACAAAGACCAUCGCCAGAUGAUGAAGUCACUCCACUCCCUGGAGCCAGCAGAGACUCCACCACCACCCGCCGUCAGAAGAUCCAAGAUGAUACACCUACACAUCGUCCCACUGAAGGAACAUUAAAGCAACAUCAGGAACACUCAGGCAGCAAAGAAACCUCGACUCGCCUCGCUAAACAGAUCUCAGAGACAGACUGCAAGGUGGAGGAAGAUGAGCGGGGCUGGGACAGAGUCCCCGAUGAAGCCUAUGACUUGCUGGACAGGCUGCUGGACCUGAACCCUGUCACCAGGAUCACAGCUGCUCAGGCACUGCAGCACCCACUGUUCAAAGACCUGUGAGAAGGACUGUGACUGAACCAGGAGUCUCAUGUCAACAUCACAAUAAAAAUAUUAAGGUACACAGGAUCAUAUAAAUAUAUUGGGGAUAAGUUAAUCUCCUUGUGUGGAGACAUUACCUGAACAAGGCAACAGAAAUCUGGUAAAAGUUUUCUUUCCCCUCAACACCUGUUAAAUGCUUCAUGGAGUUAAAGAUAAAUAUCCAUGUAAGGCAGGUUUGACUACAUGGUUCACAGAUCUGAAGUUAAAAUGAGUUACUGUCAUGGCAGCUAUGUGUAAACUAGAGAACUGUGAAGAUGUGGAUUUGAAAGCAUUACUAGUAUUACUAGUAUGAUCUUAAGGAAUUAUAUUGGCUGUUGUGAUGAACAGUUUUAAUGCAGACAACAGAUAUUUAAUACUCUUGUUAAUCUGAAUCUUGUCUUUUAGAGGGAAUUGUCAGUAUGUUGUUUACUCUGGUCACUGCUGCCAUAACAUCGUAUCACCACUGUAUAGUGACUAUUCCUGCAGUAUGAAAGAGAUUUUAAUUUGAAGGUGUGUCUGAGCUCCAUCUGUAUUUUAUGAAUGUGAGUAUAUGAAUGAUGCUAUAUGAGAAUAUGUCUGUUCAGCUGUGUUAAUUUAUACCACUCAAAACUAUAAUCUGCCUCAUUGUAACUUGGGUUUUCUAAUAAAGGCAAAAGUAAGAGGCUGUUA